AACGGUCGUGGCCGGAGCUGUUCUGCUGUUCUGAAAUGUGUUUUGUUUUAGAAAAUGUGAAAGGCUUUUGUCGUCCUCGUAAACUGGACUCUCUCUGUCUCUCUCUUUCCAUUGUUUUUUGUCUUGAAGGUGUAACAUUUCUGGGACAGUUCAAGGCAGACAGAGAGAGAAUCAGAAUCCGAACACACUCACACAGUCAUAUUGGGUUUCGCAUUAACAUUUCAAAUUUGAAAGCAGUUUUUACCUUUCCUUCUGAGGACCCUGUGGUCAAGCAAGCUGCCCUCGCUCUCUUUGAACACCUCGGUCACACCCCCCGCGCCCAUCUUGGCCUCGAUCCUCAUUUUUAAACAGACCCACCAAACCCUUGCCUCUCACACGCAUUUCGUCAAACGGUUAGCACGCUCUCACUCAAACGAUGACCAAACCAGAGAAUAGUAGCCUUUCUAUUGACACUGAAUCUCUUGCUAGCUCCCAAGACUUUACUUUAGGUAGCAGUGUUAGUAUUAGCUUAUGUAGCGGUACUGUUUCGGGUUCUGAUAAUAGUGUUAGUACUAGUAAUAAUCUGAGUAAUGUUAGCAAUGCUGGUAGUGAAGUUUACAAGACUAUAGAAGCUACGGAUUGUGCUAUCCAGGAUUCGAAUGAAGCCAGUUUUAGGACUGGGCCGUCAAAACCGCAUAGAGGGAACGACGCUAGAUGGGAUGCAAUACAGCGUGUUCAGGAUAAGAAUGGGGAUUCCGGGUUGGGUUUGGGCCAUUUUAGGUUAUUAAAGAAGCUCGGUUGUGGGGAUAUUGGGAGUGUAUAUCUGGCAGAGUUGAGAGGGAUGGGUUGUUUGUUUGCAAUGAAAAUUAUGGAUAAAGUGAUGCUGGCAGAGAGGAAAAAGUUGGUGAGAGCACAAACAGAGAGGGAGAUUUUGAGUAUAUUGGAUCAUCCAUUUUUGCCAACCCUCUAUUCCCAUUUUGAGACCGAGAAGUUCUCUUGCUUGCUCAUGGAGUUUUGUAGUGGUGGGGAUCUUCAUAUACUCCGGCAGCGCCAACCGGGCAGACAUUUCAUAGAGCAAGCAGCAAGGUUUUAUGCUUCCGAAGUGCUUCUUGCCCUUGAGUAUCUACAUAUGAUGGGUGUGGUGUACAGAGAUUUAAAGCCUGAAAAUGUAUUGGUGAGGGAGGAUGGCCACAUCAUGCUUUCUGAUUUUGAUUUGUCAUUAAGAUGCUGUGUGAGUCCAACUCUUGUUCAGUCCAGUACAGAUCCAUCGUGUAGGAUGACUUCCUACUGUAUUCAACCCGCAUGUAUUGAUCCAGCUUGCAAACUACCGGUUUGUGUAGAGCCUUCUUGUUUGCAGCCAUCUUGCUUCAAGCCUCGAUUUCUCAAGUCCAAAACAGUCAAGGUGAAAAAUGAAAGAACAACUUCUGCAAAUUCGGAUUCAUUCCCGGAACUUGUUGCAGAGCCAACUAGUGCCCGCUCAAUGUCGUUUGUAGGAACACACGAAUAUUUAGCACCUGAGAUAAUAAGAGGGGAUGGUCAUGGGAGUGCAGUUGAUUGGUGGACAUUCGGUGUUUUCUUAUACGAGUUGCUACUUGGUAGAACACCAUUCAAAGGCAGUGGAAACCGGGAGACAUUGUUCAAUGUGGUUGGUCAGCCCCUGAAGUUUCCUGAUGGACUCUCAAUCAGUUUUGCUGCAAAGGAUUUGAUACGGGGUCUGCUAGUAAAGAACCCAGAAAAGAGACUAGGCUUUAAGAGAGGCGCCACCGAGAUCAAACAACAUCCUUUCUUUGAAAGUGUCAAUUGGGCCCUCAUUCGCAGUUCUAACCCCCCAGAAGUUCCAAAACUGGUAGAUAUUUCGUUUCUGAACCAAGCAUUCAAGUCAUCAUCGCCUCAGCAUAACAAGGGAGCUACUGACUCAGAUAGGUCAUCAUGUUCUUACUUAGAUUUUGAAUUUUUCUAAUAAGUUUUGGUGGGAGAAUUCUUCUUAUUCUUAAAAGGACAAAUUCACAUUGAUGCUGUGUAUUCAUGCUCUCAAUGAAAUCUCCUUUUUCCACAAGAAUUUACAGCGCAUCAAUGGUUCAUUGUUUAUGGGAUUCUUCUGGGUUUUAUUAACUCUGUUGAACAGCAUUAUUGGCUCAUAAUUGACUCCAACUCCCACUUGAAACAUUCUAGUUCUUGCAUUGCAAAUACUUUGCAAAACAAAUAAAGUUGCUGCAAACUGGCACCUCGAGACCUUUUCAGAUGCAAUGUUUUGCAUAACCACUUUUGUUUUUUUUUUUCCCGAAUGAUUCUCCUACACUUUAUUUGAAGGUGACCUGUGUCAAAAGAACUGAAACUAUGUAUGCUACUCAUAGAAAAGAACUGCAACUUUUUGGAACUUUGUGCAGGGAAUCUGCUGUGACUGUGAGUGAUGGAAUGACUUGUCCCUCUCAUGUUGAGCUUUGGUUAUUUGGAUUAACUUUAAUGAGAUUCUGCUUGUUUGGAUUGUUUC